AUGGAGCUGGACAAGGCGACUUAUGGGCCGAUUGCCAAGACCUUUUUGACGGCCUGUCGCAAGGGGCACAUUGAGGUGGUUCAGGCUCAAUUGCGGCAUGAGAAUCCAACAGUGGCCCCGCGGCUUCUGGGCCAAAAGGACAUGGACGGCUACACGGGACUGCACAAGGCAGCCUACAAUGGCCACCUUGCCGUUGUAGAGCUGCUCAUUGCCAGCGGUGCUGAUGUCAAUGUGGGCACCAAAGAUAACUGGCGCCCAUUGCACUGUGCGGCGCGCUGGAACAAGGCUCAUAUCAUCGAGUGUCUUUUGGGACACGGGGCCGACAUCAAUGCGCAGACCAACGGGGGCCUUACUGCCAUGCAUAUUGCAGCCACCUAUGUACGAGGCCUGCUCGAAUUCCGGUCACACACUGCGUUCCGCCUCCCGGUAACCAUGCGCGACGACACUCUGAUGGACACCUGGUGUGACUGGGGCAGGGUGACACGCGCGACGCUCUUCUAG